GCGGCCAUCGGCAGACAAGGCAGAGAGGGACGAGAUGCAAGACUUCCUUGAUGAGCAAAAGGGGGGCGAGGGGGGGGUCGGCGAGGCGGGGAUGCGAGACGAGGCAGCUGGGGGAUGCGAGAUGAGGCAGCUGGAGGCUGCGAGCCUUAUCUACCUGGGGAGGAGGUUGUGAUGAUGUCGAGAGGGGAUGGCCCGGCGGGACGCGGUGCGAGGGCAUCACGACCUGAGUUGGAGCGCGCUAGGAGGGAGAAGAGGAAGGUGGGGGAGGAGGAAGUUGACAUGCGGGACACGGCGAGGGAGAAGAGGGUACGUCAAACGACGAUCGACGAGAUGUACGUGAAGGAGAAGUUGGCUGAGUUCACCGACGCGUGGCUGCAGUGGACGUGGCUGCAGUGGAUCUACGCGAAGGGGUUGUCGUUCAACGCCUUCAGAGGGCCGAAGUUCCAGAGGGUGCGUCAGGCGGCGAAGAGAGUCCUUCGCAACGUUCGCUUCCUGUUUCCCUCCUACAGGGUUACAGCGGGCGUUGGGAUCCCUUCGCAGAGAGGGAAGGUGGCGACGAUGGUGAGCGAGGUGCGGUCCGCUUUCCAGCACACCGGUGCCACCAUCCUCUCUGACGGAAGGAAGUCGCGUAGCGGCAAGCCGUUCGUGAACUUCCUGGCCGGGGGCGCCAACGGCGCCCUGUUAUAUGCGACCGUCGCACGUGACGGGUCAGUCCCUGACACGGCGGAUGUCGUGUAUCGCAGGUGGCGGGCCAUCGUCUUGUCCUUUCCUGCAAAGGACGUGAUCGGCUUCUGCAUGGACUCUGCCAGUAACUAUACGACGGCGGCCCGUAGAUUCGCCACCGAGCUCGACGCAGACAUCAGGAGGAUCAUUUGGCUUCCCUGCUCCACCCACCUCUGCAACUUGAUGUUGUCAGACGUCGGGACGCGAGUGGGUCGGCAGACUGUACAGGACAGUCCGCGACCAGAUCAGGCAUUUCCACUCGCGGCGGGGAGAUUGGGGAGAUCGCAGUUGUCCGAUGCUGAGGCCGACGACUGUCGGGGGGACCGCGAGACUGAGCGUUGUGCCCAGUGGUGGUUUGAUCACGGACGUCGUCACCCUGAGUUGUGCACCAUCGCCAUCCGUGUGAUGCACUUGUGGACGUCCGCCUCUCCUGCGGAGAGGAACUGGGCGCAGCACGAGUGCAUCAACACGGUGAGGCGCCACAAGCUUGGCUUUGCUAAGCUUGCACAGCUGGUUGAGAUUGCCACCAAUCUCAAAUUGGCCUCGUGCGCACAGCAAGGUAGUGGCUACGUGUUGCCCUGGGUUAUGGGGACCGGUCAGGAGGAGACAGCGGGAAGGCAGGAGGACGACGAGGGGGACGUGGACCCCGAGGUGUGGGGAGCGCGACCUGCUAGCAGUUUCAGCGAGCAGGACAUCGAGCGUCAGGUCGUCGCUUUCCAUUCUUGUCGACCGUCCAGAGCCGACCCAUUUCAGGACGUGUUUGGCAAGAGGGCGACGGAGCUACGGCCGUGGCCAGAGCAGACUCCAGACGCUGAUGCGGAUGACGACACGUCGGACGACUAAUGGACGGAUGAUGAUGACACUCCCGUCAGCAGCCACGCGA